AGUGAGGCCAGCUUAAAUUAGGGACCUCACCACGGGACUUAAACUCGGCCUCAUAUAACACUCGAAAAUUCCCCUAACUUUGUGGGGUAAGGGGUUACCUUGGGACUGGGUUCCUCGAGUGGAUUUCGCUUCGCCCUGUAAGGCUCUCUUUCGACCGGAAGUCUUUUAGUUAUCGUAUACCCCUAACCCCUAGCUUGCUAUUAAAACUAGGCUUGGUAAUCUACAGCCGUCAGAGCUUGUUGAUGACCACGUGCAACUACUGUCCACAGAAGAGCUGGUUAUAGCAAGUAGAGUGAGCCAUUAAUCAACAAUGGAGCAUAUCGAGGACGCGCAGUUUGAUGGGAUAGACCCCAACGCAUCUCCCUUUCAGAGCGUCGACAGUAAUACAACGCCGAGAACCGAAUUCUCCUCACCCAGCAGCCCAUUUCCUAAAGUUAUUAUCCCAACAGAUUGUCGGUCUCUUGCAAGGCAGAAGUUGGCUCGUUUAACACUCGAGGAGAAGGUAUCGCUACUCACAGCGGCAGAUUUCUGGAGGACAAAGUCAAUACCAUCCAAAGGCAUACCGGCAAUCAAGACGAGCGAUGGCCCCAACGGCGCUCGAGGCGGUAUUUUUGUGGGAGGCACCAAGGCCGCCUUGUUUCCAUGUGGUAUUUCGUUGGCAGCAACAUGGAACAAAGAUCUCUUGUACACAGUUGGCCAGCACUUGGCUGAGGAGACAAAAGCUAGAUCAGCAAACGUCCUCCUUGCUCCUACAGUUUGCAUGCAUCGUCAUCCACUUGGUGGCCGGAACUUUGAGUCUUUCUCAGAAGACCCGCUUCUCACCGGCAAAUUGGCGUCGAAAUACAUCCAAGGGAUUCAGUCAAAAGGGGUUGCUGCGACUAUCAAGCAUUUCGUAGCAAACGAGCAAGAAACCCAUCGGCUUACUAUUGACUCAGUGAUGAUGGAGAGGCCACUAAGAGAGUUGUAUCUUCGGCCUUUCGAGAUUGCAAUACGAGAAGCAAAUCCUUGGGCCGUCAUGUCGUCGUAUAAUUUAGUCAAUGGAGUCCAUGCUGAUAUGAAUGCCCACACGCUUAAAGACAUUCUUCGAGAGGAAUGGGGCUACGAUGGUACCGUCAUGUCAGAUUGGGGUGGUGUCAACUCAACCGUCGAGUCAAUAAGGGCUGGAUGCGAUGUAGAGUUCCCCUAUUCUUCGAAGUGGCGCUUUGAGAAAGCCUUGAAGGCAAUCGAAGAAGGUAGGCUUACAAUAAAGGACAUAGACAUUGCGGCGGAGAACGUUUUGACUCUCGUAGAGCGAACAAAGGGGAAUGAUAUGUCCGCUGAGGAGGCCGAGCGGGAAGAUGAUCGAGAGGAGACGAGAAAGCUAAUACGGGAAGUUGGUGCUGAGGGUAUAACUUUGUUGAAAAACGAAGGGCAGGUCCUGCCGCUCAAUGCAAAUACUACCAAAGUCGCAGUCAUUGGCCCGAAUGCCAAUAGAGCUAUUGCUGGUGGUGGAGGCAGCGCUAGCUUGAACCCUUACUACAACACUCUCCCGCUCGAUAGCAUCAGGGUAACUGCGAAGCAGGAGGUCUUGUAUGCCCAAGGAUGCCAUAUUCACAAGUGGCUACCGGUCGCAUCACCUUUCUGCACCGACAAAUCUGGCGCACAGGGAGUUACUAUUGAGUGGUUUAGUGGGGAUAAAUUCCAUGGCGAUGUCGUGGUCACGCAGAGGAGGAUAAAUACGGACCUCUUCCUGUGGGAUUCGGCGCCGCUAGCACAACUCGGCCCUGAAUGGUCGGCUAUCGCGACUACAUAUGUCACGCCCACAGCCACAGGAAAACACACCGUCAGUUUCAUGAGCGUUGGUCCAGGGAAGCUUUACGUGAAUGGAAAGUUGGCGCUCGAUCUUUGGGAUUGGACUGAAGAAGGUGAAGCGAUGUUCGACGGAUCGAUCGAUUAUAUGGUCGAUAUAGAGAUGCAGGCUGGAAAGCCUGUGGAGCUGAGAAUAGAGAUGACGAACGAGCUUCGGCCGGUCGCCAAGCAGAAGGUGUUCAACAUGACGCACAAGUACGGUGGCUGUCGCAUUGGCUUCAAAGAGGAAGACCAGGUCGAUUAUCUCCAGCAAGCUGUGGACGCUGCCAGAGAAGCCGACGUUGCUGUCGUUAUUGUCGGUCUCGAUGCUGAAUGGGAAUCUGAGGGUUAUGACCGAAAGACGAUGGAUCUUCCCUCUGAUGGAAGUCAAGAUAGGCUAAUCGAAGCUAUCGUGAAGGCCAAUUCACGAACGAUCGUGGUUAACCAGUCCGGCUCACCGGUGACGAUGCCUUGGGCUGAUAAAGUGCCUGCUAUCGUUCAAGCUUGGUACCAAGGUCAAGAAGCUGGCAAUGCGCUGGCCGAUGUUUUAUUUGGGUUGCGAAAUCCGAGUGGAAAGCUUCCGGCCACCUUCCCACGCCGGCUGGAAGAUACUCCUGCCUAUCAUAACUGGCCGGGUGAAAACCUUCGUGUCAUGUAUGGUGAAGGCUUGUAUAUCGGAUAUAGACAUUACGACCGCAAGAGCAUCCCUCCUUUAUUCCCCUUCGGUCACGGUCUCUCCUAUACGACAUUUGAGUACGGGCGCCCUUCGCUUAGCCGCAAAUUGAUGACAGGAUCAGCACCGAUCCACCUCAUUAUGGCGGUAACGAACACCGGUAGCGUAGCCGGAUCAGAGACGGUUCAGAUAUACGUUAGGGACGACAAGUCUCGUCUGCCCCGUCCUGAAAAGGAGUUGGUGGCAUUCGAAAAAGUGUUGUUAGGACCGGAAGAGACCAAACACAUAAUCGUGCCACUAGACAAAUAUGCGGUGGGAUAUUAUGAUGACUCUCUUCCGGGUUGGAUUGCGGAAGAGGGCACAUUUAAAGUCCUGAUAGGGGCAUCGGCGACUGACAUCAGGUGAGCAUGAGCAACGCCCCCUUACCCCUCUCGCUUAUUCGCUUAGCACAACCCCUACAAGUAGACUUGCCCAUUCUUGUUGAUACCGACUGACAACCAUCACCCUAGGCAUUCGGUUCCGUUCGAGGUCAAAGAUUCAUUUACCUGGACAUUCUAGCUGCACUCUUCAUUUUGCCCCUUUCUUCUUACACUACCUCCCCAUUUUUCUGUCUAGAUAUCAUGUUGUUUCCAAGCGUACCUAUAUAUAUAUACCUUUUUGCUUUUCCUUUUGGGGAUUCACUCAUUUAGCAUGCAACGGGAGUAUCAUAAGUUUGCACAUACUUGGGAGCUUUUG